AUGGCCCUGCAGGCCAGCAACGACGGCCAGCUCCUAUUCGCUGGACCCGAGCGGGACGAGCGCUCCGCGCGGAUCGGUCGCGACGCGUGCGACAGUGCGACUAGAGGCUUUGGCUCCCAAAAAGGGACGAGGGCUUCGAUACGCUCCUGGCUCGAAUAA